AUGAGCUACUACUCGAAUUACAACUCUAGUGAGGCACCGUCAGGAGCUCUACCUAUGCUGAAUACAGGAGACGCCCCGACAGCCUCUGAUUCCUCCAAGAUCAUCGGACUCUCCCUCGCUAUCGGAAGUGGACUAUUGAUUGGAUCCAGCUUUGUGUUCAAGAAGAAGGGCCUGAUCAACUGUACCAAGGACGGCAUGCUCGCCGGAGAGGGACAUGCCUACCUCAAAUCUGUUAUGUGGUGGACUGGCAUGCUCAUGAUGGUGGUGGGGGAGGUGUGCAAUUUUGUCGCGUACGCGUUUGUCCAGCCCAUCCUGGUGACGCCCCUUGGGGCUCUGAGCGUGGUCAUAUGCGCCAUCCUAUCGUCUAUAUUCCUGCGAGAGCGACUCAACCUACAGGGCAAGGUCGGAUGUGCACAAUGCAUCGUCGGAGCAACCAUCAUCGUCUUCCACGCACCCGAACAAGCAUCCGUCAAAACCAUCCAGGAAUUCAAACACCUCAUGAUCCAACCCGGUUUCCUCUCCUGGAUGGCGCUCAUCAUCAUCGCAUCGUUGGUGCUCAUUAUCAAGGCAGGACCUCGGUGGGGAAAGGAACAUAUGAUGGUCUAUAUUGGCGUUUGCUCCUUGAUCGGGUCCUUGUCGGUUGUCUCGACCCAGGGUCUGGGCGCGGCGAUUGUUCAUAAUAUCUCGACAGGCGAGGCGCAGUUUGAUAACUGGUUUAUUUAUUUCGUCAUUGUGUUCAUGGUUGUUACGCUGCUGACGGAGAUCAAUUACCUCAAUAAGGCGCUCAACCUUUUCAACACUGCGAUGGUGACACCGACGUACUAUGUAACAUUCACCUCAACGACAAUCAUCACCUCCGCCAUCCUCUACCAAGGAUUUAACGCAACCGUCACCGCAAUCAUCACAGUCUGCCUUGGCUUCUUGGUCAUCUGUGGCGGUGUCCUUUUGCUACAGACCUCAAAACCUGUUGUCCCCCUACAUAUGCCAGGAUCUUCUGCCGCCAGUAUCAUUGGAACCAUUUCGUACGACGAUAUCGAACCCACCGCUGCCGAUAUGCGCGCCUCGCCGUUCAGUUCUAUUCGCAGGAUCACACGCGACCUUCGGCAGCCCAGUAUUAUUGGCACUAUUGGCGGUGGAGGAGUUGGAGCGACGGGAAAUCAUAGUGUCUUCCAGAGCUCGCCAUUGAACCCGAGGGCAGAGAGUUUGUUGCAGAGGAAGAGGGCUGCGUCGAAUGCGGCGUUGAGGUCUCGCCCGCAGAGUAUCGUUAGUGGACACCAUCAUCUGGCGAUUCCAGGUGGAGCAGGAACAGGAUCGGUUGCAGGUGGAGCGACGGCGUUCUACCCAAGUACAACGGGCGCUUAUUCGACCAUGGUUAUGGGCCCCAACGGCUCGCAGAUCCGACUCCAGCUCUGUGAAAUUGUAGUGUCGGAUGACAAGAACGAGACCAAUCGUUAUCAAGUCUACCGACCCGUCCCCCCUCAUGGCGACUUGACCUCUGCGGCUCCUCAUGCUUUGAACGAAAAGGGUGGCGAUCAUAUCCAGUACCAGCAACAACAGCAACAUCUUCGACCAAGGGCGAACUCGACAGGAUUCAAAUUUCCCUUCCUGGCGCCACGUGGCAGUCUCCUGGCCGACUCUCGAUCAUCCUCGAUCCGGUUCACUGAUAACCCUACCCGAUCCUCGAUUGACGAGAGUCCGAACGAAAAAGAUGAAGAGCAGUCGACGCCUUCGUUGCCUAAACAUUCGAGCCCGAUUUCUGGAUCCUUGUUCAUGCCCCCAAAACUGGCAGUCAGUCCUCCGACACCCAACUUGUCAACCAACGCUGCUACUUUCAGUCCACCACCACCCUCACCAGUUGAUGCUUCUGACCCCGAUGACGCCUCUCAACCAGCAGGAGCAGCAGCAGUAGUAGGAGGAGGUGGUGUACCGAAACCACCACUGUCAGCACCCAUGGUCGUGGGUGGCUCAUUCUUCACUCGUCCCAAAUUCCGGUCCCCCUCCACUGCAUCUGGCGACAUCAUGGAGAUGAACGACCCGGGACAUGCAGGAAGGAGCGUUGUCGUCACUAUCGAGCCUGUUCAACAACAACCCCUGUUCUCGCUCUAUGUCCCCCCACCACCAUCUCAUCUUCAUCAGACACCGAAACCCAACCUGUCGAUCAUCAACUCGACGUCCUUUACAGGUACAACUUCUAAUGCCAGUGAUGCAUCUCAUCAAGGUCACGGGCAUCAGAAGGAAGGGUCUACGCGUCCGAGUGAUAUACUCACUGCAGCGGAAGGAACUGACUCGCACGAAGACGACAAGGAUGGCGAUGACAAGGACGACAAGUCCACUUUGACACCAGUAGCAGUAUCGACAGACUCGGAUCCAGUGACAACAGCAACAUCAAAACCGAAACGUGGGUUCUUUGGAAAAAUAUUCUCAAAGUCACCACCAAAACCCGCCACAGCUCUUAAUACCACCACAGAUAACCUCGCCCCUGAAUCUGGAUCUGGAUCUGGAUCGGUCUCGGCCUCAGGAUCAGAAGAACCCUUGUCGACAACUCCCAACUCGCCCACGACUUCUGCGACCCCUCUCGUCAGUUCUUCUACUACUCCUGACAAUGCUGAGGCGACUUUGCCAUCCUCGGCACAUCCGAUCGUGUUUAGCCGUACCAAUCACCCUACUCGGAUAUCUGAGGGUGAUGAAGAAGAGGAGGAAGAGGAGGUGCAUGUGCCCCCCAGGAAUUGA